AUGUUGAGCACUCUCCGUUACGUUUCUGACUACUUAUUUGCGCUUGGCGGUUACCUUUAUGGACGUACGUUUCGCAAAACGAUGAACACAACGCUGACACCGAUCGAAUCUCGUCUACAACUCUCACCGAUUGUCUAUCGCAUUUUGGGUGCGAAUCCGAGUCCUUUAACUCUACGUGGCACGAAUACAUACCUCGUGGGCAAUGGAAAAAGUCGAAUUUUAAUCGAUACUGGUGAAUCAAAUGUGAUUCAAUAUAUUGACGAGUUACGUGAAGCGUUGGGCGAAUGCAGUAUAUCAUCGAUAAUAUGCACACAUUGGCAUGACGAUCAUGUUGGUGGUGUUAGUGAUGUCAUUGAUAAGAUAAUUGGCAAAUCUGUACCUGUUUACAAGUUCAAACGUACUGAUCUGAAUGAGAAUGAUUCAAAGUAUCACUACGUUGAAGAUGGAUAUGUGCUUCAAACAGAAGGAGCUACGUUACGUCUCAUCUCAACGUCAGGUCAUACCACCGAUCAUAUGUCGAUUUAUUUGGAGGAAGAGAAUGCAGUAUUCAGUGGUGAUUGCAUAUUGGGUGAAGGAACAACUAUUUUUGAAGACCUUUUCACAUAUAUGCAAAGUCUGAAUAAACUUCUUCAGAUGAAACCGACUAGGAUUUAUCCAGGUCACGGGCCGGUGAUCGAGAAUCCAGUUGAAAAGAUACAAGAAUACAUCAAUCAUCGUAAUCAACGUGAACAACAAAUAUUGGCCGUGUUGAGUUCAUGCAAAACAGCAUCGAGUAUGCACAUCACUAAUGAGAUAUACAAAGACAUCUCUUUGGGCGUUAAAUUAGGGGCACUGAAUAACGUUAAUCAUCACCUCUCGAAACUGUUGAAAGAGAAUAAAGUGCAGAAGAUUGGAGUCGAUAGUUAUCGUUUGGUCGCAACCUCUGAAUGA